CUCCACAAACCCUUUGAAGUUAAGAUCAAUACAUCAGAAUAUGCAUUCGGAAAACAACUUGAUCAGCAAAACAACCAAGAACGUUUAAGGAUUAUAAGCAAUUUCUCAAAGAAGUUGAAUAGCUCGGAAAUCAACUACGGAAUCCCUGAUUAA